CGGCCCCGCCGCCGUCACGUGGCCGCCGAGUUUUCUCAUCCCGCAGCGGUAUGAGGAAGUCAGAGCCGCCGCCGCCGCCCGCAGCCCGGGCGGGCGCAGCCUCCGCCGCCGCCUCGCCGCGGCGCGACAUGCUGGCUCUCUCCGGCACUCGCCUCCCGGCGUGAAGCCCCCGCCGGCGCCGCCGCCCCGAUGGAGCAGCCCCCGGCGGCGGAGGAGUGGCAAGGGGCGACCCAGAAGAGGAAGGCCUGGGCCAAGAGCCGCGACUCCUGGCAGGCGUCGGAAGCGGAGGAUUUCUCGGCAGCGGCGCCGGCCCGCGGCGAGGAGGAGGAGGAGGAGGAGGAAGAAGAGGAGGAAGAGGAGGAGGAGGAGGAUCUCGGCGGCGGCGAGCUGCCGCUGGCCGCAGGAGCAGGCUGCCACAGCGUUCCCAACGAGAAGAUCGCGAUAUGGCUGAAGGACUGCAGAACGCCUCUGGGAGCCUCCCUGGAUGAGCAAAGCAAUCCUCUGUUGAAGGGCAUGCUGGUGAGAAAUGGAGGAAGUUUUGAAGAUGACUUAUCCCUGGGAGCCGAAGCUAAUCAACUACGGAGUGAUACCCAAACAGAAACAUGCAAUGGUGUACUGGCAAAGGACAGGAGGCUGCAGUUCCAUCAGAAGGGGAGAAGUAUGAACUCUACCGGCUCUGGAAAAAGCAGCGCGACUGUUUCAAGUGUUUCUGAAUUACUGGAGCUUUAUGAGGAAGAUCCUGAAGAAGUGCUCUAUAACCUCGGGUUUGGAAGAGAUGAACCAGAUAUUGCUUCCAAAAUUCCAGCGAGAUUUUUUAAUUCAUCAUCAUUUGCCAGAGGGAUAGAUAUCAAAGUGUUUUUGAAUGCCCAAAUACAGCGAAUGGAAGUGGAAAAUCCAAGUUUUGCUUUAACAAGUCGUUUUCGUCAGAUUGAAGUGCUUACUACUGUGGCCAAUGCUUUUUCUUCUUUGUAUUCUCAAGUCUCUGGGACUCCUUUGCAGAAAAUUGGUAGUAUGAAUUCAGUGUCUUCCAGCAAAGAGGCAUCCAGCCCUCCCCCUCUGAAUCGCAGCAACACAGCCAGUCGGUUAAUGAAGACCUUGUCAAAACUCAAUCUGUGUGGCACACAGCAAGCUGAUGGCAGCAGCUCCUCAAGUCCUUCACCUGUUGAAAAAGGGAAAAGUCCAGCUGAAGUAGGGAGUGAGGAAAGUGAUGUUAAAAAUGAAUCUAAAUUGCCAAAAUGUCCUAAAAAGAAAGACUGUCCCUCUUUUUUGGCUCCUGUAAAGGAGGAGAUAGCCGGCAGUCAGACAAAGGCUGCAAACGCAGAGAGACCUGCGCACCUCCCUGCUGUGGCUGAUGGUGCUCAGGAGGGUUCUGCGCCUCCAGCUGAUGGGCAGGGGGGCAGGUUGGCAAAUGCCCAGGAUAGAGCAUGCGAAGAGCCCGGUCUUUUGGACUCGCCAGGCCUCAGCAGCAGUUCCAGUACCUCCGACAGCAGUGUCCUGACACAGAGACUGUGCACGGCAUCGCCAGGGAGGGAUCCCUGCGCUCCCCUUGCAAACCCGUCCAUAGUGAACCUAAUGCUGCAGCAGAAGGACUCCUUUGAGAUGGAAGAGAUCCAGAGUACAGAGGGGGAUCUACCUCACGUUUCAGCUACACAUCAGCUAGCAGUGACCAAGUCAAGGAAAGAUCAGCUGUUAAGGACAGCGAGUCAGCACUCUGACAGCAGUGGCUUUGCUGAGGACUCUACAGACUGUUCUCCAUUCAAUCAGCUUCAGGUUCAGGAGUCUUUGCAGGGCAUGGGAAGCAGUGCUGACAGCUGUGACAGUGAAACAACUGUGACAUCGCACAGUGAGGAACAGAAGACACCGAUAGCCAAGGAACUGCCCUGUUUUGAUAAGUUUGAGGAGGAGGAGGAGGAAGAUGAUGAGGAGGAGGAUUAUGACGAUGAUGAAGAGGAUAUUAUCUCUCAAGUAGAGAGACGAAAGGUAGGGGCAUCUUCUGAUAGCAGGAGGAGUGAAGACAGAAAAAUUAGUGACUGUAAAACUGAACAAAAUCAAGAACAAGAAAGCAAGUCAUUUCAUAUAUCAGAGACAGUCCAAGGAGGGGUCAGCUCUAAUGAGAAAGACACUUCCAGUGAGCAAAAAGAAUCCGACCUGCUGGAGGAAGGCAGUGUGUUUGAGUUUCCACAGUAUCAUACACACCAUAUCCUCAAGUCAAUGCAGUCUCUGGAAGGUGAUGGCUCCUCCACAUCAUCUGUGGACAGAGUUCAGGUUGCCUUGCAAAGAGCUGAGAUGAGGAUAAUGAACUCACCUGAGUCCAAGGCCAGGUGCACUCUGCUUAAGUCGAAAGAUCUUCUGAGGAAGCAGAGACUCUGGUUUGCUGAAUCCGGCUAUCCUCUAAGGCGGUCUCAGUCUCUCCCAACUGCAUUGCUGAAUCCAGUCAAAGUGGUGUCCUCUGUGAAUGUUCAGUUAACUCCAGGAAAAGAGACUCUCUGCAGUCCUCCUUCUUUUACCUACAAGUACACACGAGUGGAGGAAGACAAGGAAACAGCAUCUGAGAAUGACAGAAGUGAGGAUGAGGCAGCCUCCAGCCAUCCUGUGUGCAAAUCCACACUGUUUAUUGCGCCUUCGUCCUCCAAGAAAGAGGUGCCCCAGGCUGGGCCCAGCAGGCUGUCUGAGGAGCUCAGUCCCACCAGGGUACAGAGCUGCCCCCUGCACAUGCCAGCAGCCAUGUCCCGGUCCACGUGCUCUCUCCAUUCCCUCCCCACGGAGUGGCAGGACAGGCCGCUGUGCGAGCACAUGAGGACGCUCAGCACCCACAGUGUCCCAAGCAUCUCUGGCUCUUCCUUCAGUGCCAUGCUUUCCCCCUUCAGCUGCCCCUUCUUUCCAAGGCAUGGAGUUCCUCAUCGUCCUCCUGCCAUGAACCCACCCUCCACUGUGGAGAUGCAGCUACGCAGGGUCCUACAUGACAUCAGAAACUCUCUGCAGAACCUCUCGCAGUACCCAGUGAUGAGGGGUCAGGACCUUUCAGCUGCCACUGGUUACACUACUCAGAGAUCAUCCAUUCUACCUCUCUACGAAAAUACUUUCCAGGAGCUGCAAGUGGUGAGGAGAAAUCUAAAUUUAUUCAGAACCCAAAUGAUGGAUUUGGAAUUGACUAUGUUGCGUCAACAGACCACGGUUUAUCAGCACAUGACAGAGGAGGAACGAUUCGAAGCUGAUCAGCUGCAGAGCCUGAGGAAGUCCGUCCGCAUGGAGCUGCAGGAGUUGGAGAUGCAGUUGGAAGAACGUCUGCUUGCCUUGGAAGACCAGCUCAGAAGUCUGCACAUGUCUUCACCUUACAGACCUCAGGCACACAUAGGUAUGUAUGGAAGCAGAAGUGCUGAUAAUCUGUCAUGUCCUUCUCCAUUGAACGUCAUUGAACCGGUCUCUGAGCUCAUUCGAGAACAGUCAUUUCUGAAGUCUGAACUGGGUUUAGGACUGGGAGAGCUUGGACUGGAAACUCUCCCAGCAGAGGGUACAGAGUCGGUAUUCUCCCAUGGAAACUCGGAUUCCUCUUCGGUGUGCUCUGGUCACACAGGUAGAAAAGCUAAGAGUCAAAGCAAGAAGUUGUACCGAGCCUCUGUUGCCUUAACACCAACUCCCCCGCUGAGAGCAGGCACUGGACAGCCAGUGGAAAGCUCUGAGGAGCUUGCAGACUCCAAGCCAGAGGUGGAGCACAAACUUGAAAAAAUCCCUCUCAUGCCUUCAGUUGAUGAAAUCCACAAAGCAGUGGAGCAGGAGGAGCUGCAACAAGUCAUACGGGAGGUGAGGAAGGAGGGGCUGAGAUCUGGGAUGUUUGAACUGAAUUUUCUGAAACCUAGAGACAAGGCUGGCUGUAACUCCUGUCCACUGAUGUUCCUGUGCUGUGUCUGAAAGCUCAGAACAUGUCACUAGGUGUUGGAGCCACAGCUCUGUUUAUGUGCAAAGCAGUGGAUGUUUUUUUCAGUGGAAGUGGUUAGCAUGUAAAUUAAUAGCUAAGUAUGGCUGGGAAAGAACUUGCUGUCUCUACUACUUAGUUAAGCAGCAGUAUUGCAGAUUCCCAAGUGAAAAUUUCUGUCAUGUUUGCUUGUUAAAAUGCCAGACUGGAGUUCAUUGAGCGGUGAAAUAACGUUUCAGAAACAAUGCUGUAGUAAAUGCUAAGCGUACUUUCUAAUCCCUCUGCCCCAACCACUAAGGACUAUAGGAAUGUGAGUGAAACAGGCUGAAGGCAGGUGGGAAGUUAUUUCAGAGUUUGAGUGAUUUUGGACCAGUCGUAUUGGACUAGUUUUAUUGGCAGUCAAUGAAAGUGAGGAGUGCUUAGUUAUUUUUCCUGUGGGUCAAGUUAAGAAACACGACUAAAACUGUGUUUUCUUAGUGGCAUGACAGAAAAGCUCUCUGGCAAGUAGUAUAAACGGGGAAAGGAAGCCAAAGAAACUACUUGUUCUGAAAAGAAGUGCCUGUGGAAAAUUGGAGCGAACUUAGCUCUGAAAACAGAAAUGGGAAUUGAGAACUUGUAGAUUUUAUUCUCUCUUCUUCACAAGAGAAGGACCACUUAGACUUUAGCCAAGGGUCACUGGACACUUAGCCUUCAGCUUGUCCCUUGAAGCUUUUGUAUGGCACUGCCAUAGACCACUGAAGAUUAGGUAAGAUGUUGUGCUUAGAAAUGUACAACAGGCCAGGCUGUAAUGCCGUGGUGCCUUCCAGGUCUGUGUGUGUUGAAGCAGUGGAUAAUUGGAACCAGCUUUACCUUAGAUUUGUCUGUGAAAUGGAUGAGAUGCAUGCCACUCAACAGAAGAGUGGCACAUGAGAUAUUUAGCACACCUUGCACUGUGCUUCUGAUUCUGCAGUGAAGCCAGGAUGGCCUUUGUAUCCAGGCUGUCUGUAAAAAUCCACCUGUCAGAGCAGUGGUGUCAUGGUGGAAGGUUGCUAAAGGAGAAACUGAGAUAGGAAGGAGAACUGUAAUUCAAAAGCACUGCAAAAGCAAGAGAGACAAAAAGAAAGUGAGCUGAAGUCAAAGGACAGAAUUAUUUCAGUCAAUAUUUUUUCUGAGGUUAGCCUCUGUGAAAGUUCCUCUUUAGCUUCAUUAGUUGACAGCAAAUAAAGAUGUGUACUCUUUGCACAGAGAUUGUUAUUUGGGUGUGUGGCACUGAGGACAUUGUAAUGCUGAAAGAAUCCACACUGAACUGAGAGGCUACUAUUCAAAGAUGAGUAGUCAGCAAACAACUGAGCUUGACUCGCUUUGUGAAUAUUUGAGCACACAGAGAGAUUGUCCCUCAGUUUAACUUCAUUGGCAGUGGGUUCUGGAUCAACUCAAGAUUUUCUCACCAUGAGGAGUUUUGCAGGUCAGAGUGGAGAUGCAUUGGCUCAAAGCACUUGGUAGAUUUUGCAGAGCCAGAGCAUGCUAUUAAACACAUAUCAGGAAAAUGUUUAUUGUUUCAUAAGAGUUAAAACAGAGCAUACAUUGAAAUUAUGCCUUGCUUAAAUAGCCCUGUUGUUAGCUAAGGAAUUACAGUUUCAUUGUCAAAAGAAAGAAAUCUGGUAGGAUGCAUUCUUGAGGUAUGCACUCACAAAUAUUAAACCCUUGCUCAUUCCUCCCAUUCUCUGUAGCUGUGUGACCUUGUGUUGGGAAGGGAGAAGCCAGGCAGUGGGUGUGAUAUGCCUGGGUGGGCUGUAAUGCAUGUGAACUUUGACCUGUAACUAUUUGUUCCAUGAAAAAACCCAUGGUGUUCACUUUUGGCAAUAAUGGACUAACUCCCUUGGAAAAACACUCAGCAACAUGAAGUGUUAAAAUAGCAAACAGUAGCUCUCUUGAUGAAAUGCAGUCUGGCCUCCACAGGAUUAUCACAUGCAGUACUUACUGCUUGACUUGUGUAAGUCACAGGGUCACUAGAAGGGCCACCAGCCCCUCUCGCUCUGCUCUUCUCCAGUUUAAAAGAUGUGCUGGUUCAAAGAUCUUUCUGCUUAUGAGCAGUGGAAGUUCUGAUUUUGCUAACAGUUCUUCAUUAUAAAUGACACUUAAUGAAGUUACACUUUAAGGAAAGGUAUGAUUUUCCUGUCAUCAGCUGCUUUAAGAGGCUGUAAUGAGUCUUAAUGGGACAGAGAUGGUCUGGCAGAGAAUCAUCCCUUUUCCAUUUUCCAUUCAAAUCCAUGUUAGCUUAGCAUCUCUCAGAAUGUCUGUAGGUUGUUGACAUGUGCAGGCGUUGGGUUCUUCAUCUUAUUAUCUUGAGCAUGAAAUCUCACCAGCUGCUGCCAUGAAGAAGUGGCAUGGGAAGAAAACUGAGUAGGAAGCAAUUCUUUGAAUUAUAGAAAAUGUACUUAAGAUCAGAAGUAUAAGCACUGUGAAAAGCCUUGUUCCCAUUUUUCAUUAGUUGGUGAAGAAUACCUAUCUCAAAAUUUGCCACAAGUGGUGCACUUCACUCUCAAUCAGUUCCUUAUUUAGCAGCAACAUAAUAUUGCAGUAAUGGUAAUUCUUUCCUAGGAAAAGAGGUAAUUGUUUUACCAUUGUAAAAAUGAGAGUGAUACUGUGUUUUCAAUGCAAUAUUGAGUAUUGGUGUUGUAUCAGUGUAGUAAAUAUAGCAUAAAUGAGUGGUUCUCCCAUUUUUCAAAUGAUCAAUUUUUCAUUCACUUGUUAAAAAGUCAUUGAUGGAGCAUUCAUUGACUGCUUUUCUGUCUUCUGUACAGAGGGAGCCUUGGCAGGGGGCCGUGUGCUCCGCAAAUAGAGCAAAUAGAAGGUGCACCUUGCCUUAAAUCAUUUAUAAUGAAAAAGGCAAAUAUUGGCCAUUGGUCACGACACGCGCGUGGUACUGAGUCACUGCAGGAGUCAGUGCUGGCUCACCACACAGGAGUGACCUUGCUGAGUCUGGGAAAGAACUGGGAGGGGGAGGGAGCAGAGGCUGUGAAAAGAGGCAGUGGAGGGUGGCCUUGUUGUUGUCCAGACAGGAAGGUGAGAAGCAGAGGACUCAAAUAAUCAAGGUCAAGCCAGAAGCUUUGGAAGAGCUGAGAAUAGAACAGGAGCUGCUUUGCUUCCAGUCUCUACUUUGUUACAAGACUGUCUGUCAUACUAGAUCCUUUACUUGCUAAUUUGGGAAGCUUUUAUGAGCUUUUUUUUGGAAAGUGAGAUUUAUUUUUGUCUGUGUGUUGAGAGAAGGGUACAAAAUGACUGUUCUGUAGCGUACUCACAGACCCACCCCAUGAGAUACUAAAGAAGAAAGAUGGAGAGAGCACUGGGGGCUCUCUUAUGCCUGCUGGACUGUUGCGGUGCUGUGUGCAGGUUCCCUCUGCUUGCAUUUCUAAAUCCCAAAGCCCUUACCAUGCUGACAGUGGUUCUAGAACUUUGUACAUCAGUGUGUUCAUCAGCAUAGACAUCCUCUGGGCUUUCGGCUGUUGGUGAAACAGGCUCUAUUGCACAAUGGCUUUUCUUUUGUCUGUUAAUCAGCAAACAACCCAACUGGAAACCUGUUUCCCAAUAAUAUUGUAGUCUCUGAAUUUCUGCUUGAUGCAAAGUAGUAAUGAAAUGAGGAACUUUGCCACACUAAUGGUUUAGGGAUUGAAUUGCCUGCCAAAGAGAACAAGGGAUAAAUAACCUGCUGCUAAUGCUGCUGCCACCCUUCUGACGUUGUUGCUUAAUCCUUUUGACGCACCAGGAAAAGGGGAGACUAACAUGAAAAAGAAAAAUGUAUUGCUUAACUGGGAUGCUGAGUGCUUCUGUGUGACCUUAGGCCAGGCUCUGGCUCUUACCCCCCUGCACCUUCUCACAGUUGUUGUCCUCCUCUGUCCUUGGAUCUGUAUCUUACUUGUCCCUCCUGAAGACCAUCCAAAAAAAUAAGUUAGUGCCAAAGAUUUCCUGUACUUGCAAGAAGCCCAUGCUGUUUUUCUUUGUCAUUCUCUGCUCUUUUCCAGCAUAAUAUGCUUUUGUAGAACUGUGUUUUGCCUCCUUUUCACCUUUGUUUUCUUUACUGUAGCAAUCAGUGCUCUGCUCUUUUUUGUUGUAGCCUCUGCCACACUCACAUGCACUACUGGAAACUCCUUGGUGUGUUUUAUAUAAAACUUAAUGAGUAAAUGCUUUGUCACAAUCCUGUGAAAAAUAGCCUUCACUGGCAUAGAUUAAACCCCUGUGGCCCAUUGAUGAUGUGAGCAACUGCUGAAAUUCUUUGUCUUUCCUGCUAAAAGUAUGCAAUUAGGAUUUGUCUCCUUUUCAAUUCUUUGAAAUCAACAGGUUGUGUUCAUGGACUUGGACCUGUUCUGCUGUGUAAUCCAUUUGUGAAAGGGAUCAAUCCUGCCUUCCUUUUCAAGAGAAUAAUAGCUUGUCAAAAAGUAGUGCAUUUGGGAUGCUUUUGACGUAUAUAUCCUAAAAUGUUUUUCUUCAGAACUUUGCAUAGUUGAAAUGUAUUCUUUUCUUAGCAUAAAAACCAGAUAUCCUAAGUGUAAAACAUAAACAUAUUUGCCAUCUGGAAGUAUAGAACUAGUUUAAUUUUCGUUUAUACAAUUUGCAAGAAUUUCAAAAUUACUUACAGUUAUUAUUUCAUUUUUCUAAUGUUUUUUCCAGUCACAGUUUUGAAAGUUGAAUUUUAUGGUGCAUGUUGGUAGUGUCAAACAUAUCUGCAAUAUCAUUUAGUUUUAUCCAUUGUUUAUAUAAAUUA